AUGGCAGGAAAUGUGCAAAAGAGCAAAUUACAGUAUGAAAUUAACAACCCAAAUUACAUGUACGUUUCCUCGCAGGAUGAUGAUAAACGCAUUAGAAGAGGUGGAGAUUGUAUCAGUGCUGUGUAUUUUCCCCAGCAGUCCUACACGUUUAGUCCAGCAAAUUUUGUCGUUGGACAGGUUAUAGCCCGGCCAAACGUUACGUCAUCCCCAGACUGUAAACAUGGUUACCUGCGAUACAGCAUUUAUGGCGUGAGUGACGUGUCUAACAUAGUACGAAUAGAUAACACAGGUUGGAUUCGAACCAGAUCCUCAAGCAAAGGAAGGGGUGACUUCCGUUUUACUGUACGUGCAGAAUGUGGCUUGGGAUCCAGUCUGGAACGCGCCGACGUCAACGUCAACGUAGCUGAUGACGGAAUCUGUGAUUUCCAAAACCUAUUAUCUGCAGACAGAACUCAACUACAGAGAACUGCCAAAAAACUUUGUUUUCAAUCAGAGACCAUCGAUUUAUAUAUUGAAGAGAAAAACAAAAACAACAUUGUGGGACAUCUAUCGAACUGUCUUAAAAAUAUAUCUGGAAUUGUAUUACAAAGAACGUACUAUGUUGAUUCAGAUGUAUUAACCGUUGACGAAGUCUCCUCAGAGAUGCGUUUGACUCGCGAGUUGGACAGAGAACACGAUUCCAACCUGAUCUCAGUCGAAGAUGUAAAGUGUGACAUUAAUUUCGUUCAAAGAAAUCUAAACUUUGUUAUUCUUGGUAGGAUUCGUCUGCAUGUGUCAGAUGUGAACGACAACCCACCAAUGUUUCAUGACACCAUGACGAAGGAAAUAAACGCCGGAAGUGAUAAAGACGUCGUGGAGGUGGUCGUAGAUAAAGACACUAAGGAUUUUUCAAAACAUGAUAUCAGUGUCUUGGUAGGCCAGGAAUACUGCCAUCCACUUCCGGUUCAAUGUUUUGAGGUUAAACGCCAACCAGACGACAGCGUUUGCAACUGCGCACAUACCGUCUGUAGAUUAAAGGUGAACAUCACACGCCCAGAAAAUUUCAACGCAGGCACUGACCAUUUUUGUAAAGUUCAAGUGAGCGAUCCUGCCAUGAUAAACUUGCCAGACUCUAACAACAACGGGGCAAUUCUCACCAUUAUUAUUCCAUCGGAGAAAUCUCGAAAAACAAUGAAGGAGUCGACCGUCAUCUUUUACACCAGGAUUUCGAGAAUGGCCUCUAGAUAUGCAAAGGUAUAUGAUUUCCCGAAUGAUGAGAAGGACGCUUUUGCUUUAUCUCGAGAUUCUAGUCGUGCUUUUCACGUCACGUUUUCUUCCGGGAUAGUUUAUGUAGAUGACGUUACGUUAUUACGUAAAUUAAACUCCCAAGUAAACUUGACGAUUAAUCAUGCACAUACUAUCACGCUAGUGGUGAAUAUAGAAGGCCCCCUCCAUCAUGUAGACGACAAUUUAUGUAAUGUAACAUGUGCAAGUUACAUGGAUGAGAUGUCGUGUAACUCGGGUUGCGGCCUUGGUUCUGUGGAUGGAAGAUGUCGCUGGCGAUCUGGAGACGAGAGAAGUUAUUCUCGGAAGUUUUCUACUUGUGUAUCGGAUCUACAAACGUGUACAGACCAUAUGUGUGAUGAUAGAGAAGCUCUAGAUAUUCUCAUUUGUCCACAAGACUGUACUACAUCGACGAUACGAGGAGAGGGGGCUCUUAACACGGACUACUCUCCCCCUCGGGGCAUUGACUCCGGAACCAGUCCUUGUUGGUGUAACUACGCCGGAGAGUGCUCAUGUUUUAGACCAUCCUCAUUUCAGAAGUUCAUUCCAACUUCCCAUAUAACGUUAAAAGUCGAGGAGAAACGACCAGUUAGAAAAAAUAACAUUGAAACUACAACAUGGCGACAAGAAUUCUCAGACUAUCCUUUUACACCAAAAGUCUCAUCUUCCACAGCACAGUCACGGAGGGACUCGGGUAUAGGGUGUGACUGGCACUGCCGCACCACCAUAGCGGCCGUCACAGGUUGUGUGGGCGCCAUCGUCUGCGUCAUAGUUCUAACAUGGCGGCUGAGGCGGAUUCAUUGUCAAAAGGGUCAACCUUUGAAACACGUGGGCAGUACUGUAUCAAUUUCCGGUGUCCCUUCAGAAUAUCACGAGGAUUAUCGGAUUCCCCAUACAUCUCCGCAAUGGUCCCCAAAACGAUCACCAGAUUAUAGCACGGCUGGUGAAGAUCAUAAAUGGGAAUUUCCUCGUGAUAAAUUAAUACUAGACGAGACCGUGGGGGAAGGAGAGUUUGGACGUGUUGUCAAGGCUAAAGCUUAUGGAAUGGAUGGUCGUGAAGACUAUAAAUGUGUAGCUGUCAAGAUGCUGAAAAAUUGCGAUUCCAAUGGUGAGCUACAGGAUUUAUUGUCAGAAUACAAUCUUUUGAAGGACAUCGACCACCCUAAUGUCAUAAAACUACUGGGCGCCUGCACCAGAAACGGUCCAUUCUACGUGAUAGUCGAGUACUGUGAACACGGUUCACUUCUUCAGUAUCUCAGGAACUCAAGGUUGGAGGAGAACGGUUACAUAAAUCAUAGGAGCAGACGAUACUUCCGGUUCCAGUCAGAGAGCGGGGAUUCCACAGAGCCGGAAUUAUUGAAUAUCAGAGAUCUUUUGUCGUUUGCUUGGCAGAUCUCAAAAGGAAUGCAAUAUCUCAGUGAGAUCAAGCUUGUACAUCGGGAUUUAGCUGCAAGGAACGUCUUGGUUGGUACCGGGAAAGUAUUGAAAAUCUCUGAUUUUGGUCUUACUAGAGAUGUGUAUGAAGCCGAUACCUAUCUCAAAAGAAGUAAAGGAAGGAUACCUGUUAAAUGGCUGGCCCCUGAAUCUUUGUAUGCCCAAAUAUAUACCACACAGAGCGACGUAUGGUCAUUUGGCAUAGUGUUGUGGGAAAUUGUCACAUUAGGGGCCCCACCUUAUCCCGGUGUUCCACCAGAGAGACUGUAUAACCUACUGAUAGCAGGCUAUAGGAUGGAUCGGCCGGAGGGAUGCUCUGAUGAACUGUAUGCAGUAAUGCAGAAAUGUUGGAAAGCAGACCCAACUGAGCGACCUGUGUUUUCCAAUUUAACUGCCAUUUUUGACGGAAUGCUCCAACAAAGAACUGAAUACUUAGAGCUUACUGGAGGAUUCGAAAAUGUUGAUACAGAUCUUUUUGAUAGAUGUCCAGAUUCAAAUGAAAACAGACGAGAUGGUAAAAAUUCCACGGAAAGAAAAGCAUUUAAUAUAUCUGGUAAAGACGAUACCGGAUCCGGAAAUCCGUACUUAACACCGGCAUCCCGGAAUGAUAUGACACUAGAAAGGUGUACCGUGCAACAGUGUGAAUCUAGUCCUGAGAGUGGUGUUCAAAAUGACGGAGAAAAUAUAGCUUUAUUGUUAGAGUGCCGAACGGCUGUUUUCUCAAAUUCAUUGGAAAGUGAAGACGAAGAUGUUGCCUUAAAGCAACCGUUCCAAGCUGUGGCGUAGUGGUAUUCUGAGGAUCUACCCGCACUGAACAUGUUCAGUUUUCCCGGAAAUUUUUCUAAUAUUGGAUAGAUACAAGUAUCACAUGUUUUGAGUCAUCUGGGUUUGAUAAGAGAAGCUUGUAAAUCAGAGAAGGUUCAUUAACCGGCAGUUGAUGUACAUAUGAGUGGUUUAAAGGAUGUAAUAUUAUAUUGCUUUGUUUUUCGUGAUAUUAUCGUUAUCCGCUGCUGAUCGCAUGCUAAAAAAUCUUGUCCAUAAACAGAGCUCUAUCAAAAUAAAAUUAUAGCUAAAUCGGUUCUUUAACAUCAUUUGCCCCCUUUUUAUAAACUACUAUGUAUUUUUUUUAAAUUGGACCUUUGUCCUUUUUCAUUAACAUGAACAUAUUUUAAACACAUUUGAGAACUUAAUUCUUAUUCUGAUUCAAACUAGAAUACCAAUACCAAGAUAUAUAAAAUGACACACUGAUGCAUUCCGACCAAGAAAGAAAAUAAAUAUCUAUCUUUGACAAAGAAACUUUUUGCCCCUUUACAACAUUCAUUGAUUUGCACAAGUAGUUGAUGGACAAGGAUUGGAUGUCUACCGAGCGUCCAUUACAGCUAGUUCAGUCCACAUCUCUUGGGACCUGUAACUUUAUUCUGUAGUCAAAUGUACAGAAAGUUUUUCUCAUUAGUUCUUGAAUUUUCUCUGUCUCUCUAAAAAACAUAUUUUUUGAUAUCUUUAUAAUCUUUUCUAGGUGUAUUGGUUUAAAAUGAAAAAAAAAUAUUCAUAUGAGGGUAAUACUUACAUGUAGUGCAUGUAAUUCAAAAGAGUGAAAAUAUAUGAUGAAUACAUGUACUAUCAUUGAUACAGUAACUGGAUAAGCUCAUUUUACCCAACUUGUCCAAUUGUGUCUGCAUAUUCUUACUUUUUUUGAAAAGUAAUUUUGAAAGUCUUUUGUCUAAGUAACUUCCAACUGCAUAGUGACUUUUUAUGUAGGUUUAACAUGAUGCUUCCCCAAUCAUAUUUGUAAUUGAUAAUGCAUCAUCUCUACUCCUUGCGUUGAGAUUAAUGGAGGAUAUUCACGUGAUCUCAAUAUUUAAAAAUUUUCAUUGGAUAUCCGGUUAUUAUCCUCUCUUGUUCUUUAACAUGUUUUUUGUAUGUUGUUUCCUGUGAGUUCGACAUGCUUGCUGUAUAUGCAUUAUUAGUCGUGAUAACUUUGCGACAUUAUCAAAUAUGACAUUUACUGUUAAAAUGAAUCUAAGUGUUACCAUUCUGAUGCUGAUUAUAUGAAAAAUAAAAAUUCUGAAUUGUUUUA